AGGCAUUUGUGCCUGAAGCCACGAAGAUAGAUGGACAAGCCAAGCAACUUCUGACUCGGCAUCAUUUUCUGGGGCAAAAUUAUAUGGCGAUGUAUCCUACAAGGGUGUCCGGUGAGGAAUGCAAUGGGAUCAAUAGCAUGUCGGCGGAGAGCGGCCCUGGAACGAGACUGAGAAAUUUGCCGGUAAUGGGGGAUGGACUAGAAACCACCCAAAUGUCUAUGACGCAGUCACAGGCUCAGCCCCAACAAGGCAGCGCUGUAGGCGUUAAUCCCCCUCCGCCGGAGACCUCCAACCCCAACAAACCCAAGCGACAGAGCAACCAGCUGCAGUAUCUGCUCAAGGUGGUGCUGAAGACGCUAUGGAAGCACCAGUUUGUGUGGCCUUUCCAGCAGCCGUGGCCUUUCCAGCAGCCCGUGGACGCCGUCAAGCUGAACCUCCCGGAUUAUUAUAAGAUAAUUAAAACUCCGAUGGAUAUGGGAACAAUAAAGAAACGCUUGGAGAAUAACUACUACUGGAACGCUCAAGAAUGUAUCCAGGAUUUUAACACGAUGUUUACAAACUGCUACAUCUACAAUAAGCCAGGGGAUGACAUAGUCUUAAUGGCGGAAGCUCUAGAAAAGCUUUUCCUGCAGAAAAUCUCCGAAAUGACCCAGGAGGAGACGGAAAUCGUUAUAGCCCAGACGAAAGGGAGAGGACGCGCCAGGAAGGAAGCAGUGACAUCCAAACCAGGAUCGUCCGCGGUACCGAACGCAACCCAGGCAUCCUCCCCGGCUCAGACGCAGGCGCCGCAGCAGCCCCUCCCGUCCGCGCAGACGACGCAUUCCUUCCCUUCCGUCACCCCCGACCUCAUCGUUCAGACCCCGGUAAUGACGAUGGUGCCUCCGCAACCUCCUGUGCCGCCUCCGCCUGCUCCUCAGGCCCCCGCGCUGCCGGCCCCGGCUCCCCAGCCCAUCCAGGCCCACCCUCCCGUUAUCCCGACACCCGCCCAGCCCGUGAAGACAAAAAAAGGGGUGAAGAGGAAAGCAGACACCACGACACCGACGACCAUCGACCCAAUUCAUGAAUCAUCAUCGCUUCCCGCCGAGCCCAAGUCCACCAAGCUGGGUCCGCGUCGGGAAAGCAGCCGCCCGGUGAAGCCUCCAAAGAAGGACGUUCCAGACUCUCAACAACACGUGGUAGAAAAGAGUAGCAAGAUAUCCGAGCAGUUAAAAUACUGCAGCGGGAUCAUCAAAGAGAUGUUCGCCAAGAAACACGCUGCCUACGCCUGGCCCUUCUACAAACCUGUGGACGUGGAAGCGCUGGGACUGCACGAUUAUUGCGAUAUCAUUAAACAUCCCAUGGAUCUGAGCACAAUCAAAUCCAAACUGGAGAACCGGGAAUACCGAGAUGCUCAGGAAUUUGCGGCGGACGUCCGAUUGAUGUUCUCCAACUGCUAUAAGUACAACCCCGCUGAUCAUGAGGUGGUGGCCAUGGCGCGGAAACUGCAGGACGUGUUCGAGAUGCGCUUUGCCAAGAUGCCGGAUGAACCGGAAGAACCUGUGAUUCCGGCUUCUUCUCCCGUGGUGGUCUCGCCUCCCGCCAAGGUGGCUCCCCCCUCGGCUUGCGACAGCAGCAGCGACAGGGCCCGCUCGUCGGAUGACUCCGAGGAAGAGCGAGCUCAGCGGUUAGCGGAGCUCCAGGAGCAGCUUAAAGCGGUGCAUGAACAGCUUGCGGCCCUGUCCCAGCCCCAGCAGAACAAACCAAAGAAAAAAGAGAAAGACAAGAAGGAGAAGAAGAAAGAGAAGCACAAAAAGAAGGAGGAGCUGGAAGACGCCAAGAAAAGCAAAGCCAAGGAACCGCAGCCCAAGAAGGCCAAGAAGAGCAACAGCAACAGCAGUACCUCCAGUAAGAAGGAGCCUGUGAUGGUGAAGAACAGCAAGCCCCCUCCAGCCUACGAGUCCGAGGAGGAGGAGAAGUGUAAACCCAUGUCCUACGAGGAGAAGAGGCAGCUGAGCCUGGACAUUAAUAAACUCCCCGGUGAGAAGCUGGGCCGAGUCGUUCAUAUCAUCCAGUCGAGAGAACCCUCGCUCAAAAACUCCAAUCCCGAUGAGAUCGAGAUUGACUUUGAGACGUUAAAACCGUCCACCUUGCGGGAGCUGGAGAGAUACGUGACGUCGUGUUUACGGAAGAAGAGGAAACCGCAAGGCUGCGGCAGCGCGGUGCCGCUCCGUUCGGGGUUAGAAGUCGGGCUCGGAGCUGGCUCGGCGACGCUGGAGGUGGAGGACCCGUUUCUGGGCUCGCGGAGCCGCUGUCGGCUCGGUUUCCAGGCCGUGGUGUAUGGUAGGAAGGACUCCGUGCCACUCGUUGCCCUGCCACCAGUCUUCCCCUGGCUCCUCGCCACCUUUUACGCUCAACGGGAGACAGCGGGGAUCCGUUAG